ACUAUGAUAGCAGUUGGACUUGGUGUUGCAACUGUUGCAUUUGCAGGCCGUUAUGCUUUCCGCCUUUGGAAACCAUUGGAGCAGACAAUUACAGAGACAGCAAAAAGGAUUUCAACAUCUAGUCUUUCAUCAUACUAUAAAGGAGGAUUUGAACAGAAAAUGAGUAGGCGAGAAGCUAGUCUUAUUUUGGGUGUAAG